UGUUUUCCAUAAUUUAGCGGCCCUGAUCGAAAAACAAACUUUUGCGAGAGCCAAAAUCUUGGGAGGGAAAGAUAUUUAUGUGAAAAACCUAAUCCAUAAAUCCCAAAACAGAUUUCUUUUGCUGCGUAAAAAUCCUCGACGGAGCCGGCGGCGGCGAUGGGCUGCGUAGCCAUCGUCAUCGUUAGGUUAUGAGAUCCCCUUACAACUCUCACCUUCAUUUCAAAACUAUAUUCUCUUUCCGUAGCUCUCUCAUGGCUUCCUCUUUCACACAAACCCUUAAACCAGAUUUACCUCAAGACCUAGAUGACCGUCUCUGCUCCGAUCCACAGAAUCAGCAACAACAGGAAUGCUCGUCUUUUACCAAAUCCAAUGACUCGACACUUCUCUUGGCUUCUCCGAGUGGAUAUUUGUGUGGCGAGUCGCGCAUUGAGCGAGCCUGGGCUCAUUGGAGGAAACUCGGUCGGCCGAAGUUGAUUGUAGCUCCGAUGGUUGAUAAUUCGGAGCUACCGUUUCGUUUGCUCUGCAGGAAAUAUGGUGCUGAGGCGGCGUAUACACCUAUGCUCCAUUCACGGAUUUUUACCGAGAACGAGAAGUAUCGGAACAUGGAAUUUACCACUUGUCAGGAGGACCGUCCGUUGUUUGUUCAAUUUUGUGCCAAUGAUCCCGAUGUUUUGUUGGAAGCUGCUAGAAGAGUCGAGCCAUAUUGUGAUUACGUCGACCUUAACCUUGGGUGUCCUCAACGUAUUGCUAGGCGAGGAAAUUAUGGGGCAUUUUUAAUGGAUAACUUACCUCUUGUUAAAGCAAUAGUAGAGAAACUGGCUUCCAAUCUUCAAGUUCCUGUAUCAUGCAAAAUCCGAAUCUUCUCAAAUCUUCAGGAUACAAUUAAUUAUGCAAGAAUGUUAGAGGAUGCCGGUUGCUCUCUUUUAGCUGUCCAUGGCCGGACAAGAGAUGAAAAAGAUGGUAAGAAAUUCCGAGCUAAUUGGAGUGCCAUAAGUGCUGUUAAAAACGCUGUACGAGUUCCGGUUCUUGCCAACGGGAAUAUAAGGCACAUGGAAGAUGUUUACAACUGUUUGCAAGAAACUGGGGUCGAGGGUGUGCUUUCAGCAGAAACCCUUCUGGAGAAUCCUGCACUUUUCGCUGGGUUUCGAACUGCUGAAUGGAUAAAGGGCCAUGAAGAAAAUACCCGGGACGGUAACCUGGAUCAAGCUGAUCUUCUUGUGGACUACUUGAAAUUUUGUGAAAAAUACCCAGUCCCAUGGAGAAUGAUCCGUUCGCACGUACACAAGUUAUUGGGAGAUUGGUUCAAGAUUCAUCCACACAUUAGAGAAGACUUCAAUGCACAAUCCAAGCUCACCUUUGAAUUUCUUUACAAUAUGGUGGAGCGGCUGAGAGAGUUGCAGGUAAAAAUUCCUCUUUAUAUCAAGGAUUCUCAUGCAUCUGCAAUUGCAUCCAAUGCUUGAUUGCUUCCACAGAUUAUUGAUCGAUAGGCUUAUUGAUUGGUCUUAACGUAAAGAUUCUUUGCGAAAAUUAGAUUCAUUCUGUUGUUGUAUCACUAAUAUUCACAUAAAAUUGUCUUUCUUCAAAUCAGCUUGGGCACAGAGAAGAAAGAAAAGAUUUUGUAUUUAUUAUUGUCGCGAAUUAUACCCUUAAUUGAUUUGACUAGGGAAGAGAUAAUAGAGUCAACAUUAUCUUGUUUACCGUC